ACCUCAAAACGCCCCCAACUUUGUCUUCUCCUUCUUUCCUUCUUCAAAGUUGCUGACUACAGCGCUUCAAUGGCUACUGUUAGUAGCAGCAAUAACAACAGCAGUAUCGGUAACGGUGAGAUCAGUAGCGUAAGCGAGGGGCAGUGGAAAGCUGAAGAAGCUAUUGGCGGGAACGCCAAGUCUAUUCAAGCCUUGAGAGAACUUAUCGUUUUCCCUCUUCUCUACUCUUGUGAAGCAAAGAAACUUGGUCUCAAAUGGCCUCGUGGUUUGCUCCUAUAUGGUCCCCCAGGCACCGGGAAGACAAGCUUGGUACGUGCAAUUGUUCGAGAAUCCGGUGCCCAUUUAAUUAUUCUCAGUCCACAUUCUGUUCACAGAGCACAUGCUGGAGAAAGUGAGAAAAUUUUGCGGGAAGCUUUUUCAAAGGCAUCUUCGCAUGCAAGUUCAGGCAAACCAUCAGUUAUUUUCAUAGAUGAAAUAGAUGCUCUCUGCCCUCGACGUGAUUCAAGACGCGAGCAGGAUGUUCGUCUAGCUUCUCAGCUUCUUACACUGAUGGACUCCAAUAAACCCUCGCCAAGUUCUGUGCCACAAGUUGUGGUGGUUGCAUCAACUAACAGAGUGGACGCAAUCGACCCAGCUCUAAGAAGGUCAGGGCGUUUUGAUGACGAAGUUGAAGUUACCACACCUAAUGAAGAAGAAAGGUUUCAAAUUCUCAAGCUUUACACGAAGAAGGUUCCUUUGGAUCCCAGUGUUGACUUACAAGCUAUAGCUGCAUCUUGCAAUGGUUAUGUUGGAGCUGAUUUGGAAGCUUUAUGUCGCGAGGCAACCAUGCCCGCAGUUAAAAGGUCUACAGAUGCAGGUGAAAAUCUAGGUGCAGUUAGCUUAACAGUGGAAGACUGGACGCAUGCUAAGUCUGUCGUUGGCCCAAGCAUAACAAGAGGUGUAACAGUGGAUGUUCCGAAUGUGUCUUGGGAUGAUAUCGGAGGACUCAAAGAUUUGAAGAAAAAGCUCCAGCAAGCUGUUGAGUGGCCUAUAAAACAUUCAGCUGCCUUUGCAAGGCUUGGGAUAUCACCUAUGCGUGGAGUUCUUCUGCAUGGACCUCCUGGAUGCUCAAAAACGACUCUUGCUAAAGCUGCCGCUCAUGCUGCCCAAGCUUCUUUUUUCUCUUUGAGUGGUGCAGAGCUAUACUCUAUGUAUGUUGGAGAGGGUGAAUCUUUGUUGCGAAAUACAUUUCGUAGAGCGCGUCUGGCAGCACCAAGCAUAAUUUUCUUUGAUGAAGCUGAUGUUGUUGCUGCUAAACGUGGUGGGAGUUCGAAGAACAGUAGCGUUGUUGGAGAGAGGCUUCUAUCCACUUUACUGACUGAAAUGGAUGGUUUAGAACAGGCAAACGGGAUUCUCGUUUUAGCUGCUACCAAUCGACCUCAUGCAAUUGAUCCUGCACUCAUGCGACCUGGAAGAUUUGAUUUGGUGCUCUACGUACCACCACCCGAUAUGGAAGCUCGGUACGAGAUCCUCAGAGUACAUACACGCAACAUGAAAAUUGGGGAUGACGUUGAUCUGAGAAUAAUAGCAGAAGAUACAGAGCUCUUCACAGGAGCCGAAUUGGAGGGUUUGUGUCGGGAAGCUGGAAUAGUAGCUCUGAGGGAAAACAUAUCUGCCGCCAAAGUCGGCAAUCAGCAUUUCGAAACAGCGAAGAAAUCCCUAAAACCAGCACUAACAAGAGAUGAAAUUGAAUCUUAUUCAUCAUUUAUGAAGAACCAUGGCUUAAUGUCAUCCCCAGUCGCUGCCGCCAAGACGGAACCUAGUACCCGACGAGAAGCUGUUGGGCAAAAAAGUAGAAGUUCAUUGAGCCGGACAUUUCCGAUUGAAAUCGGUGUUCUGGGUGUCAUAUUACUUGUUGCUGGCAGAUAUAUAUUCAAGCAUAAUGAUUAAUGAGCAAACUCCAUAUGAUGCAGUGGUUACGUAAAAAUCAAUAGUAUGCUGAUGUCAUCUUAUAUAACCAGUUUGUAUUUUUUUUGUAACAUUUGUUAAUUUAUG